CCUCCCUCUUGCGACUCUCAUCGGGGGGCAGCAGGGCAAGGAGGAUUGGAGGGAGGCGCCGCACCCACCACCGACGGGUCCUUCCUCUCUUCUCCUUCGCCCGCCCCCUGCUACCUCGGUGCCCUCGCUCGGAUGGCGGACACCAACCCGGACGCCAUCAAGAGAUACACCCCGCCCGUGCACAGGAAUCGUGCAAACAAUCGGCGGAAGUCUGGAGGUACAUUCCUUCCAACGCAGUUAGAUAGGGCCGAUAAGGCUAAUUACUCCUACAACAAUGAUGGAGAGAAGAGCCAUGUUCCUUCAUUAAAGAACCUACCUCCAAUUUUUCCUCACGAAACAUUUUUCAGCAAUGUUCAGAAUGACUACAAUCAAACAAGAUUAGUGCCUUUGGAGGGAUGUUCAGCCAGUGAGGCAUCACAGCUUCUCAAUGACCGUUGGACUGCUGCAAUGAACUUGUACAAUGAUCAAACAAUUGACUGCUCUGAGAAACCAGUAAUGUAUUCUGGAUCUACUAGUUCAUCAUGGGGUCACCUGAAGCUUCCUCAUCAGAUGAACUUCCUUGAAGAGUUGCGUCAUGCAGUUGAUGCUCAUACGGAAAUUGCAUCACCUGUCGACUCCUGGAACUAAUGGAAAUCAACAUCCACAUCAUUACUGGUUAUGACUAAUUUAUGGAAGGCGGUCUAUUCGCCAGUUCUAUGUACUUGUAUCUGAUCCACGCAUGCUGUGCCAAAAUGCUUUCGUCUAACCUGUAGCUGCUUGGGCUUCUUCUGGAAUCAGCAUUUGUAAGGUUGUACCACCAUAUCCUGGCCUUAUGGAUGAAAAUCAGCUUGUUGCAUUAUGUAAAUGACACACCGGGUACUCACACCACCGAAACAGCUUGGUGGUUGUAUGCUAGUAGUUGAAGAAUCGGUGGUUACCAUCCAUUUUCUCGACAUCAGAGUUUUUGCCAUUCUCUAGAAUUUGUAGAAGGCAACGCUUAUUGAAAACCUCAGUUUCAAUAUUUCAAGUUUAUUAAUGGUGCUUUUCUCUGCACUGAACCA